AUGUCAGAAAGGGUCCAAGAUCCUCAGUGGAGGAAGUGUACUCCUCCUCCACCUUCAUUCUUCACCAGAGUAACGAAUAACAAGUUUGUUCUCAAAGAUAUUGAUGGACAUUUUCACGAUAUGCAACUGGAUGAGAUCCUUCAGAGAACCAGUCUGGACGACACACGGUCUUCUGAUCAGAGCUUGGGUCCCUCAGUGUUCACUGCAUCUCCCUCGUACAAGUCUUCGUUUGCCCAAACACCCAUCACUUCCUUGAAGUCUCUCUACCCCCAUAGCAAGCCCGGCAGUAUUUCCCCAUCGGGGUCUUCUUCUCAUCAGGGCCACCUCAUCGUUCCACAACCGAGGCUUCCAGAUCCAGUUGCUCGGCGACGAGACAGUGACUCAUUGUAUAGCGUUGAGGACAUCUCCAUCAAUGCCUGCGCAUACACUGCCAAUGCAACUCAAACAUCGCCACGACACUCCCUUUUGAGACAAAAUGAUACAGACCCUACUCCCAAGGUUGAGCUUGACUCUGAGUCCCAGAACUUGGAUGAGUACUUGAGAAAGUAUGGACAGAGGAAAGUUACUCGGCAUAAGUGGAUUAUGACAGGUUUCUUGGUCUCUGUCAACUUCAUGUUCAUCUUCGCAUCUUGGUGGUGGCCUCGAUACUACUACGUCUACAUCCCAUUCAUCUCAUUUCCACUGGUUCUCAACUGCAUCAUGAUUGCCUCCAUCAUCUCCAUUUCCAUCAAGAAUCUCAUUGUGACUCAGAAGAUCAUUGAGCCAUACCACAAUGAGAAUCUAAUUAUGAUCAUGCCUUGCUACAAUGAGACUCUCGAAGAAUGUACCAAGUCACUUGACUCUCUUGUCGAACAAGUCGGCAUCGAUAACCACAAGAGAGGCAUCAUGGUCAUCUGUGAUGGUCGUGUCCGUGGACCUGGAAUGGAGAAGACCACAGCCCAGUAUCUCAAAGAAGAUAUCUUUAUUGGGAAAAUCCACUCUGAGAAGAUCCGCGGUGCAUACAGAGCUUGGGAUGGCCAAGCCAUGGAUGUCGAUAUCUCAUGGGGUUACUACCGGGGUGUGCCGUUCUACUGUAUCAUCAAAGAACAGAACCAGGGCAAACGCGACAGUCUCAUAGUUAUCCGUUCGUUCCUUUACAAGUUCAACAUCCGAGACACCAAACCGACAACCAUAUUCUCGUCCCGGUUUCUCCUCUCAAUGACUGACUGGCUCUCUCAAGAAGUCAGAGUCGACUACGUCGAUCAUCUAAUUGGCAUGGAUGCAGAUACUGUCUUUCAAAACAACUGCAUUUCUGAACUUCUCAAAGAGUCAAAGUAUCCAAACACAGUGGGGGUUUGUGGCUAUGUUGCGGUUGACUUCAGUGGAGGCAAUUGGAACUUAUGGUCUAUCUAUCAGAACGCCGAGUACACAAUUGCCCAGGGACUGAGACGGCUACAUCAAUCCAUCGCAACCAAGAAAGUUUCCUGCCUACCUGGAUGUUGUCAGUUGCUCAAGAUUUGCGACAUGACAUGCGGUGACAAGGUCCUCAUCGAGCAAUUUGGAUACUAUCCCAGACCCUUAGACGGGAUGAUCAAACGCAUUCGAGCCACUGCGUCUGAAGAUCGCAACCAUAUAUGUCAACUUCUCACCACUUUCCCCGAAGCACAAACUCGUCAAGCUUUACGCGCGAGGGCUUACACUGAUGUCCCUCAUUCUUGGAGUGUCUUUCUUUCUCAACGUCGCCGUUGGACACUCGGAGCUACAAGCAACGACUUGCUACUGUUCACGGCCCGGCAUUGCCAAUGGUGGGAACGUAUACUGGCAUUUUCUAAAUAUUCUCACCUGGUCUCUUAA